UGAAAAUUCAGCCAAAUUUUCUCAACAGAAAAUGGGACAAUUUUCAUAUUUUGGAAAGGGGAAAAAAUGUGAAUGUGCGCUUUAUUUCGUAAAAUAAAAUUCUCCGCCAUAUUCAACCAACACAGUAGCAGUCCAGCAGUCAGCAUUCAGCUGCAGUAGCCAACCGCAGUCUCCUUCUGACCGAUCUCUCUCUCUCUCUCUAUAUAUAUAUAUAUAAAUAAAAGGCACAGAUUCGUAUCUCGAAAAUAACGAAAAAGGGGAAAGGGAAAAGUAAAAAAUGGAGGUGAGAGCGCGAGCUCCGGGGAAGAUAAUAUUGGCUGGAGAACAUGCUGUAGUUCACGGAUCAGCUGCCGUUGCUGCCUCCAUUGAUCUCUAUACUUACGUCUCCCUUCGCUUCCCUACUCCUGCUGAUAAUGACGAAACACUAAGCCUCCAGCUUAAGGAUGUGUCCUUAGAAGUUUCCUGGCCAAUUGCAAGAAUUAAAGAGGCUUUUCCUAACUUGGAAACCCAGAUUCCGCCUUCCUCAUGCUCGCUGGAGAAACUUAAAUUAAUUGCUAUUCUAGUCGAUGAGCAGAACAUUCCUGAGGCAAAUAUAGGUCUCGCUGCUGGUGUCACUGCUUUUCUUUGGCUGUUCACCUCAGUCCAUGGAUGCAAACCAGCUAAAGCAGUUGUAAAUUCUGAGCUUCCACUGGGAUCAGGCUUGGGUUCGUCUGCAGCUUUUUGUGUUGCACUCUCCGCGGCCAUUCUUGCUUUGUCAGAUUCAGUCAGUACGGAUUUCAGCCACCAAGGUUGGCAAGUAUUUGGAGAGAAUGAGCUGGAAUUGGUGAAUAAAUGGGCUUUCGAGGGCGAGAAAAUAAUUCAUGGGAAGCCAUCUGGUAUUGACAACACAGUGAGCACAUAUGGAAACAUGAUCAAGUUUAAGUCAGGCGAUUUAACACGCCUCAAAACAAACAUGCCACUUAAAAUGCUGAUCACUAACACAAAGGUUGGGAGAAAUACAAAAGCUUUGGUAGCUGGCGUCUCUGAAAGGACUAUGAGGCAUCCGACUGCAAUGGCUUCUGUGUUUACUUCAGUGGAUUCUAUCAGUAAUGAAGUGGCUGCAAUUAUUCAAUCGCCUGUCUCAGAUGAUCUUGCCAUAACCGAGAAAGAAGAAAAACUGGCAGAGUUGAUGGAGAUGAACCAAGGAUUGCUUCAAUGCAUGGGUGUUAGCCAUGCUUCCAUAGAAACUGUUGUUAGAACAACUCUAAAGUACAAACUGUCUACCAAGUUAACUGGAGCUGGUGGUGGAGGCUGUGCUUUGACAUUACUACCAACCCUUCUGGCAGGAACCGUUGUUGAUAAAGUGAUGGCUGAUUUAGAAACAUGCGGAUUCCAAUGCCUGCUUGCUGGAAUUGGAGGAAAUGGUGUAGAAUUUUCCUAUAUCGGUAUUCCUGAUCUUGGAGCCAACGGACGCAAUUUGUCAUGAGAUGAAUGUGGACAUGGAGGAGGUGCGCUUUGCAAUCUAGAGAAGCUCAGGUCCCUGCCAUCUGCUUGUUAUAGUUCCAAGUCUCAAUUACUUGCAAUAAUCAUAAGAGAUUAAUCUCACGUUUUUUUUUUUCCUUUGUUCUUUAACAAACAUAUAAUUGUUAAUGGGAAGAUUCUUUGUUUUUAUGAUUGUAUUUACACGCUAAUUAUUCUAAUUCCAAAAUUCUCUUGGUUCCUCCAA